AUGGCUUCCGACCUCACUACCAUCGCAUUCAUCGGCCUGGGGGUCAUGGGCUACCCGAUGGCCAUCAAUCUCCGCGAGAGGAUAAGUUCCAAUACCAAGAUUCUUGUCAACGACGUUUCAGUCGAGGCUAUAGAAAGAUAUCAAAAGGAGACCAAAGGAAAGGGUACGGUGGAGUUUGUGAAGAGUGGGUUUGAAGCAGCCAAAGUAGCGAACUUGGUAAUCGCAAUGCUACCAAAUGGACGUGCUGUUGAGACAGUUUACCUGGACCCGGAAACGGGAAUCCUGGCUGGUGUACGAGCACGCGUUCCUGAUGUCUCCAAAGAAGUGAUAAUCAUGGAGUGCGGUACCAUUGAGUCCGAUACCAUCAACAAGAUUGCCGAGGCCACUAGAAAUACAGAUGAACAGUUCACAUGUGGCCGACGAGUCACAUUUGUUGAUGCCCCAGUGUCAGGUGGUCCCAUGGGGGCGCAAGCCGGCAACCUCACAUUCAUGGUUGGAUGCACUUCAGACACUUUUGAGACAGCCAAAUACGUUCUCUCUCAUAUGGGAAGCCCCGGUGGAAUCUUCCACUGUGGAGAAGUUGGCUCUGGAACCGCAUUCAAGGUCAUCAACAACUAUCUGUCAGCCAUUACCAGUCUCGCUGCCAGCGAAGCAUUGAAUAUCGGCGCCAAAAUGGGAUUGGAUUUGAAACAGUUGACGGAUGUGAUCAAUGUCAGUGGAGGCCAAUGUUGGGUGACUUCAAAGAGUAACCCCGUACCUGGAAUCCAUGCCAACGCGCCUGCGAGUCGGGACUACGAGGGCGGAUUCCGGAUCGAAUUAUGCAGAAAGGUAUUGAAGAUGGGCAGUGACCUAGGGAAGAUGGUGGGAGCAAGAACGAUCCUUGAUAAGCCAACCCUGGAUGCCCUUGACGAGGCUGCGGCAGAUCCACGAUAUAAAGGAAAGGAUGCUCGGGUUGUGUACAAAUGGUUGAACGAGCAAUCUUGA